CUCUAGUAUAAAAUUUCAGUGUUGAUUGCAUCACAACUCACUAAACAAAAAGUUUUUAACUUGCUUUUCACAUUUAAGUUCCAUACAAGCAGUCGGCAAUUGCGUCUAAAAUGGCAUUUUGGAAAUUUGUCGGACUUCCCGUGGUUAAGGCUGAUGAUGAUGAAGAGGAACUUGUUGACCCGCAAGCAGCUCUUAGAGAUAAGUGCCAGGCUAAAGGUCAUAUCGAAUCUUUAUAUAACAAAUAUCAAGAAUGCAACGACCGUGUAAAUAGUCGAUCUAAAACAACCGAAACAUGUAUGGAGGAACUGUUCGACUAUGUCGCUGAGUUGGAUCAUUGCGUAGCGCACAGCCUGUUCUCAAAACUCAAGUAGUUAAGCAAUAUCAUGAACAUAAAUAUGUAUUAUUGUUAGCUACGCCUGAGUAAAAUUGUUGAAGAUUCUUAGUAA